UGCGCGUAACUUAUAAUAUCUAGUCUAGUUCGAGUCUGUCAGAGCACAUGUUUUUGUUGUUUAUAUCGUGUAAUUUGUGAGAAAUAUUAAGUUAUUUGCAAUAGUGGAAAUCAUGGAAGAAAAUAAUUCAAAAUGUAUAUUUUGUAGACAAUCCUGUAAUGCGUUAAAGUUAUUUACUAAAGAUACAUUUUAAAAAAUCAGAAUUGUAUUAAACAGCGAUUAAUCCAUAACAAAUUCCAAGGAAAUUUAGUUAUAAGAUGUUCUGAUACUGACAUUGCGAUAAUUAUGUUAGGACAUAUGCAUAAUUUAAAAAAUGAUGAUUCGAAUGUAUAGUUAAACGCAGGCACCGGAAAUAACCAGAGAUACAUCAAUUUGACAAAGGUUUACGAGUACUUGGGACCAUCUUUAUGUAGAAGUUUGCCAGGGUUUCACACUCUAACUGGAUGUGUCUUUAAUCCCGCCUUUUUUAAAAAAGGUAAACAAAGACCAUUCAAUAUAUUAAUGAAGAAACAUGAAUAUCAGCGAGCUUUCAUGCACUUUGGAGAAUCAGAGUUGUUUACCGAUGAGCGCAUCCAAAAAGAUAUUUUCAAAAUAAUCCAAAAAUUUAUCUGCGAAAUUUAUAGUGUUCCUGAUACGUGCAACAUUGAUGCUGCCCGGCUUCAGUUAUUUUUGAAUAAUUACAGCGUAUCUAAUAUUAACGAAGAAUUCGAUCGCAAAAAUUUAAAAAAAAUUUAUGCUAGCAGUUUACCACCAUGCCAAAGUGAGUUAUUCCAACAAUUCCGCCGUGCUAAUUACAUUUCUGGCAUAUGGAAUAAUGCAAAUGCAAAACAAACAACCAUUUUUACUCCUGAACACAAUGGGUGGAGAUUAGAAGAAAACCAAUAUCACUUUCAUUGGUUUCAUGGUGACCAAUUACCAGCAAACGUUAGUGAAUUCCUUCAAACUUCAGAAGAACCAGCCAGCAACAACAUAACUGAGAAUGAUGAAGAUGAUGCCUCGGAUGAGCAGCAUCAUGAUUGGUUGAACGAUGAAAAUUCUAAUAAUUGCGACAAUGAAUAUGAUGAUUAAAAGAUGAAAAAUGUUUGUUUCAAUUAAUCCUAGUUGAACAUUUUUUUACAAAAAU